CGCCUCUUCUCGCUGCUCCGUACAUAAUUAUGUAUUUAUGUUUAGCGCCCGAGACGGUACGGUAAACAAUGGAGGCAGGAAAUUGAAUCGCGAGCGGUCGUCGUUUUGCAGCGCGAUGCUUCAUCCGAAAGGGGCUCCUUCGACGGACCCGACAGCGAAUGAUGUUUGAGGACGAGUGCGAUGUCAGCAGCUCCGGGUCGCGUUCAGAACAUCAAGAAGCACUUUGAGAGCAAUGUCUCUGCCGAGUCGGCGUUGUACCAGACCGGACACCUGCUGUCCAAGGGUCCGACCUCGCCGACCACGGCCGUCAAGCGCAGUCCCGCCUUCCGCAACGACAGGGUGGCGCCGCGCAAAACGCCCGUCCCGACGCCGCGAGUCGCCUUCCUCGGCGCCGCCAAUCCUCCGAUCAAAAGUGCAGCAGCGGCCAAAGCGUCCAAUGGGACGUACGGCUCGGUCCUCGGACAGCCACGGAUGGGCGUCGCUCUGAAGAAGUCGCAGCAGUACGGACAAGGUGGACAACAGACACGGACGCCUCUCAACAAAGUUUUACCAGUCGAGAGCAACUAUAACAAGCAUGCAGGCAAAAAUCAGAAUACAAAGGCUCCGGAGAUGUCUGGUUCGAAACUGGUCAAAGUGUCUCCGGUGCGAUUUCCUUCGUCAAACGAAAAGACCACCCCUCCGAAAAUGACAACCUUUUCGCCUCAGAAGGGAUCGAAGGUGCAGCAGCUGAGCCGCCAGAUGGAGGACAUUCUCAAGAGCCCCUUGCCGAAAGGUCCACCCCCUCAAAAACCACCCCGGACCUUUGCCCACGGCACGCCGGUGGCGCCGCCACCGGCCGAAAAGCGGCCGCCUGUCCGCUCAGUCAGCGGCCCUCUGCGGCCGGCCACGGUCCGGCGGCCGUCGGUUCCGCCACCCGCCAUGCCACCCCGAUCAAAGACCGAAUCUCAAAUUGUGCGGAAGAAAGGGGCCGGCCGAGGGGGCGCCAGGGCCCUCCUGGCGGCCGCCUGCGUCUGUCCGCCCCCGCAGUAUGCCGACGCCAAAAUCGGCCACCCUGUUGCCGAACUUGCGCGUUCUCACUCGAUGGAACAUGUCUACGCAGUGCCUUUUGUACCCAAACAGGAAGAUGGGGUGCCCAUCCAGGUCAACUCCCCCAGCCACGCCGAAAGGAAUAAACGGGAGGGCCUCUAUUACAUGUCGACGCCGAUCCAGUGGCCGUCGCGACCGAACCACUUGCCUCUCAACUCUAACACGUUCACCCCCCAGCAGCAGCAGGUCAGGGGCCUCAAGUCUCCGCCACCGUGCGCCAAGGUGCUGCCCACCCUCAGGGAGAGCCCCAAGGUCGUCUUGGAACCAAUUGUUGACCAUAACAGGAUCCAAAUGCUGGUGAACGAGGCGUUCAACUCGGUCCAACUGGCCACGCCGGAUCCGUCCACCGACAGCGAGGACUGCCUCACGCCGGGGGAAAGUGAAAUUUCCUUUGCGGACAGAAGCAGCCCUUCCGAGGAUGACACAGACGAAGAGGUGAAGCGGCUUGUUGAGAAGCGAAAGGGUUAUGUGAAGCGCGCCAGCAGCUUUGCCAUUCCGCAGACGCGCGGCAGCCUGGACGCGUCCGAGAACCACUUGUUCGAGUGCAUCCUGCUUGUGGGUCUCAACUUGCACCAGCACUCAAACAACUACCAGCCUUUCAUCAAAUCAAAAUUCCCUGUUAAUGCUCAAGUACCUGAUGAUAUCAAACUGUUUGUAUUCCCCGACGCACAAGAAUGGCCGCCCAUGGAAGGUUCAGAGCACAAAAGGCAGUACUCGAUUGUGCUCACCUCGGACAGUGGGGCUCGCAGUUAUGGCUAUUGCCAGCGAAUUGUUCCAGAGGGGAUGAAUCUCUGCCUGCCUCUUGCCUAUUGCAUUGUCACGAAGCACAAGGCCAGCGGGUUCUUUUACAAGCUUCUGGCUGACUUUGAAUCUCGGCACGGACAGAGCGAAGCUUCAAGACUGUCCCUGCUGUCCUCACUGCAGUUUGAAAAUCUGCCACCUCCCGGAGGUUCCUUGCGAGUGCCUGGGCUGACCAUUCACCGGCCGAUGGACCAGCGGCUGGAAGACUCAGAACUGUCCACCCUCUACUCCAGCCUACCUCACCGACUCAUUCUGCGGUUGGUGGCGUCCGUUCUGCAUGAGCGACAGCUGGUGUUGACCAGCAGCUCCCUCAGCAAACUGACCGCCUGCGUAAUGGCCCUGCAGGCAGCACUUGAGCCCUUCCAGUGGCAGCACACCCUGGUCGCUGCCCUCCCUUCUGACAUGACUGAAAUCUGCCACGCACCCACCCCGUACAUAAUUGGGCUGCUCAAAAGCAAAAGUGGCAAAAUCCCCGACUUUUCUUUAGAAGAGGGAAUUGCGGUUGAUCUUGACUCUGGUAAGACACUGCGGUGUGUGGGUGAUGAAUGUAAAAUCCUGCCUGUGCGGCUACAAAAGGCCUUGUUCAAAGUCUUACAAUUGGCAUCGUCUACAGGCGAGAACGAACCAACAAGAAAUGUUCUCGUCUCUGAGGCAUUUGUCCGGCUUUUUGUCGAGGCGUGUGGACAUUACAAAAACCACGUCGUCACCCAGCAGGAUGGCAGAAUUAUGUUCGAGAGAGAAUCUUUUGUAAAAGCGGUGGAGUCGAAAAGUCUGCAAAUGUUCUUAGAAUGGUUCACAGAAACGUCGCUGUUCUGCACAUUUAUUGACGAUCGAACAAGACGCUCCGUCGUCAAUAGUAUAUUUGAUACACGGGUAUUACAGAAUUUCAAAGAGUCUGAAGAGAACCUGGUUAAAAUUAUCAAAAACCGAAAGGUCAUCAACAAGAAAGUUAAAACUUUUGGUAAUCGAAUAAGAGAUUUAGUGCACUGAUCUUGCUUUUACUCAACUUAUGUAAAUACUGUCGACGGAAGUCAUCAAAUAUGUUGAAACGAAAUAUUUGUAUUGAAGUAAAAUAAAUUUUGAUAUUUUAUAUCAGCUGAGACCAAUUAAAAAAAUCCUCACUUGC